GCCCGCCGCGGCUCGGCUCCCCGCCGCCCCUGCCCCCGCCGGGACCGAGCGCGGCUCCGCUUCCUGCCGCCCUCCCCGCCCUCCUCUGCCGCCGGCCCGAGGCGGCGCAGCGGCUCUGGCGCAGUCUCGCGACACUUCCCGCAGCGCGGAGCCGGAGCCGCCGCUCGCCCCGGCAGCAGCAGCGGCAGCCGCGGCGAUCGCUGCCCGCGCCCGCAGCCCGAGCCGCUCCCGCCCCGCCGCGCUCGCCGCCCGCCCCUCCCGCGGCUCGGCUGCACGGGCUCCUCCGGGCGCUUUCGCCCUGGGCUGCUUUUCCCAGCGGCAGCGGGGACCCAGGUGCCCGCAGGAGCUGAAGGCUGAGCCCCUUCUCUCGCCUGAUUUCUAUAUAUUUCCCUUUUCUCCACGCGCUGAGGGAGCCGCGGCGCAGGACGCAGGAUGCAGCCCGGCUGCGGCGGGUGCUGAGCGCGGCGGCCGCCGGAGGAGGGAGCGGCUCUGUCAGCGCCUCCGCUCCGCGCGGCGGCGGCUCGGGCGGUCCCUCGCCCCCUUCCUUCGCCGUGGCCACCCGCCCCAAACUUUCAGCCUGUUGUCGCUGCAAGGCGAAGCCCAGCUCGACAUAAAUGGUGGAGGCGAUAGUGGAGUUUGACUACAAAGCUCAACACGAUGAUGAGCUGACAAUCACUGUAGGUGACAUCAUCACCAAUAUCAAGAAAGAUGAUGGAGGCUGGUGGGAAGGACAGCUCAAAGGCAGAAGAGGUUUGUUCCCUGACAACUUUGUAAGAGAAAUAAAGAAAGACAUGAAGAAAGAAAAUACUGCCAACAAACCACCAGAGAAGCCUAUAAAUGAAGUUUCCAAUGGAAGCCCUUUACUGUUGUCUGAGACAAUUAUUAGAACCAACAAAAAAGGAGAGAGAAACAGAAGAAGGAGAUGUCAGGUGGCUUUCAGUUACAUGCCUCAAAAUGAAGAUGAAUUGGAAUUAAAAGUUGGCGACAUCAUUGAAGUUGUGGGAGAGGUGGAAGAGGGCUGGUGGGAAGGUAUUCUUAAUGGAAAAACUGGCAUGUUUCCUUCCAACUUCAUAAAGGAACUCUCUGAUUCUGAUGAUGUUGGAAUAGCACAGGAGGAGCAAAUAAAGUCAAGAAAAUCUGCCUUUGAAGGGACAAUUCUGUACAGAGUGGCACCGGCAAAGAUUGACAGCUACAGACGUUAUAACAGCCUGAAAGAUGCUACAGGCUCUGAGAGUGAUGGUGGUGACUCUUGCAGUACAAAAUCAGAAGGAGCCAAUGGAGGCACGACAAUCCAACCCAAAAAGGUCAAAGGUGUUGGCUUUGGAGAUAUCUUCAAAGACAAACCAAUAAAGCUACGACCAAGGUCAAUAGAAGUUGAAAACGACUUCCUCCCAGUAGAUAAGAGUGUUGGGAAGAAAUUACCUCCAGCCACAGCAACUCAGGAGCCAGCUAAAAUAGAAGUGGACAGCAGAACAAAAAACAAGGAGUAUUGCAAAGUGAUAUUUCCGUAUGAAGCACAGAACGAUGAUGAGCUCACAAUCCGGGAAGGUGAUGUUGUCACACUUAUCAGUAAGGAUUGCAUUGAUGUGGGUUGGUGGGAAGGAGAACUCAAUGGCAGACGAGGUGUUUUUCCAGAUAACUUUGUCAAGCUACUCCCUUCAGAUUUUGAAAAAGAGAGACCGAAGAAACCACCACCUCCAUCAGCUCCUGUCAUCAAACAAGGAUCAGGGACCACAGAUCGAAAGCAUGAAAUCAAGAAGAUACCCCCUGAAAGGCCAGAAUGUCUUCCUAAUCGAACAGAGGAAAAAGAAAGAUCAGAGAGAGAGCAAAAACAGGUAGACUUGCAGAAGCCUUCAGUUCCUGCUAUCCCCCCGAAGAAACCUCGGCCCCCCAAAGCCAACGCUGUGAACAGACCUGGUACCUUGCCCCCACGACGACCAGAGAGACCAGUUGUGCCUGUGACUCAUGCAAGGAGCGAUAGUCCAAAAGUGGAAUUAGUGGGCAGUACAGUAUCCGGCACUCUAGAGAAAGACUCCUCUGAAAGAAGCAAUGACAUCGACUUGGAAGGUUUUGAUUCUGUAAUACCAAUUGCUGAGAAGCUUAAUCAUCCAACUACAACCAGACCAAAAGCUACUGGCAGGCGACCACCCUCCCAGUCUCUCACAUCUUCAUCCCUUUCAAGCCCUGAUUUCUUUGACUCGCCAAGUCCUGAAGAUGAGAAGGAAGAACAUGUUUCCAUUACUCACAAAACUCUUGAAGUGUCAAGGAAAUCAAGAACUGUUACAAUAUCACAAGUGUCUGAUAACAAAACUUCCUUGCCUCCAAAACCAGGAGGUCUGGCUAGUGGCAGUAAUGUACAACCAUCACUAUCCCCUUCACCAUCACCUGGAUUUCACUCAAUUGCUAUGGGAACAACAGGCCACAGGUCAAAUUCCCCAUCCUUGUUUGGUACUGAAGGAAAGCCAAAGACUGAGCACUUGAGCCAAGGUCAGACUGCCCUGGAAGAGCUGAGAACACAAAUUAGGGAGCUAAGAACCAUCAUUGAAACCAUGAAAGACCAGCAAAAAAAAGAGAUUAAACAGUUGCUCUCUGAAUUGGAUGAAGAGAAGAAGAUCCGUCUACGAUUGCAGAUGGAAGUUAAUGACAUAAAGAAAGCUCUUCAAUCAAAGUGAAUACUUGAUAGGUGGAAUGUUGCAUUAUUCUUCAUGACUGAGACUCAAAUUUAUGCCCCAGCCAAAAUAACUUUGUGCCAAAUGAUUUAAGAAUUGCCUCAACAUCCCUUUAUUUGAAGGAUUAGCACAACAGUUUUUGAUAGCACAACAAAAAUAUCAACAAGAACAAAAUUUCUACCCAAAGCCGUGCUGUGCGGCACUAGUUGUGACUGAAAUUGAUCUUGUGCUAAAGGCUCUCUACUUCAAGAUCCUAGGUGAAAUGAAAACUCAGGCAGUUUAGUCCAUAGUGGUACUAUUUUGAUGAUAUUUUUCCAUAAAUAAAGUGUAUUUCAGAUUAUCUGUUUACAAGCUUUAUGAUUUUGACUUUUGGUUUUUAAUUGUCUUUUGUCACAGAUUUUAAAAUGUUUGUACUUCAUAUAGCCAGGAAUGAAUGUUAAUGUUGGGGCUGGAGGGAUUAUUUUUGCUUCAAGAUUGAACAGCCUACUUUUUGUUACGGUUUUGAGUUCUGUUAAAUAUGCAAUUUUAUGUCCCCGAAUCCCCUACAACUUAAACUUACAUUGUGUACAGUAAUGUAUUUACAAGAAGGAAACAAACCAACAGAAGUCUGGUCUUUGCAAUGAUUUGUGCCUUUCUUUGCCACACACUGACUGGAGCCAGUUGAGGCCAGGUCUCCCUAUGUAGCUACCACGACCACUCCUGUCCCCGGUGUCCGGCAGAGGUCACCUUCCCAGGGCUCAGCUGCUCGGCCAGGAGAGCACGUUUGUGCCAGGUGACAGGACAGAAGGGCACAGCUGAGAGCAGCUUUGUCUUGAGCAGCUGUGGCUUUUUAGCUUUCCUGGUUUGGAUAGGCCUCUCCCUCAACCUGAAUGUUCAUCUUCGCUUGAUUUUCAUUAGAUGAUUUAAACACCCACCUCUGUCCCCAAUUUUGCACAGAGUGAACAGAAUAUGCAUUAUUAAAGCAAAAUUAAAUAAAAGUAAUCUAUAAAACAUGAAUAAAAAGUUGUAUUAUUUCAUGUACAAC